AUUGCCAGUCCUGGUAAUCUGUCAGCGGGGAAGACGGGGUCAGAGGUCGGGAGUCCGAUGACCAUGAGGCAGGCGGUGGAGGCUCAGGUGUUAAACCCCCACUGCGAACUGGGAGAACACGGCCUGCGUCAGAUCCUGACAGAUGUGAUCGAGGAGGUGAGGCACUCGGUGAAUCAGGACAUCGAUGGAGCGGAGGUUCUCCACAGCUUGUUGAACGCCCCCUGGCUGCAGUUGCUGCUCAAGGUUUACGAGUGUCUUCAGAGGCACCUGAGAGAUUCUCCAGCUCCGGUUCUGGACUACGCUUCAGGACUCUCACUUCAGUUGCUGAUCGACAUCAGGGCGUUACAGGGCGGCUCUGAAGAGGCCAAAGAGCUCUACCGUCUCCUGCGGCAGCCUCACCUGCAGGCUCUUCUGUCUGCUCAUGACUCCGUGGCCCAGCGGGACUAUGAGCCAACGCUGCCGCCGAUGCCCGAGGACCUGCCGGACGACGAGGAGGCCACCAGGAUCGUCUGCCUGGUCAAAAACAAACAACCCUUGGGAGCGACUAUAAAGAGGAACGAGGUCACGGGAGAGAUUUUUAUCGCCCGGGUGAUUCACGGAGGACUGGCUGAUCGAAGUGGUCUGCUCCACGCAGGGGACCGGAUCAUAGAGGUGAACGGUUUCCCCGUGGACGGGAUGGAGCCUGAGCAGGUCAUCCAAGUCGUGCAAGUGAGGUCGCAGGGCACCAUCAUGUUCAAGGUGGUUCCCAUCACAGAAAGGCCAGUCCACAACCAGACAAUGCUCUACGUGCGGUCCAUGGCCGACUACAGCCCCCAACAGGACCCGUCCAUCCCCUGCGCCGACGCCGGCAUGAGCUUCCGAAAGGGCGACGUGCUGGAGAUCGUGGACCAGACAGACGCCCUCUGGUGGCAGGCCAAGAAACUCCCCAGCAACACAGACUGCGCCGGCCUCAUCCCCUCCACCAACCUGCUCAGACGGAAGCAGAGGGACUUCUGGUGGGCUCAGCCUUAUCAGCCACAUGCCUGCGUUCAGACCUUGAGCACUGUAGACGAAGAGGAAGACAUGAUGGCCAUUGAUGAGAAAUGUCUCGAAGCAGAUGAGGAGGCAUUUGAAUCUGAGGAGCUCAGAGAAGAGGAGGAUGACUUCACCAGCAGCAUUGAGGGGAUUUACUUAACGGGCUUCCGGCGCAGCAUGCGUCUGUGCAGGCGGCACUUCCACAGCACCACGCAGCCGACCUGCCACACCCGCUGUCCCAGCAGCUGCCACAGCGCCCUCAACAGCCCGUACGAGGAGGUGGUUCGCUACCAGCGCCAGCCGCAGGACCCACACCGCCUUAUCGCCCUCUUAGGUCCGUCUAGUGUGGGUGUGAAUGAACUUCGGCGGCGCUUGAUCGAAAUGAACCCCAACGUCUUCCAGGGAGCUUUAGCUUACACCACGAGAGCACCCAAAAGCUACGAGGAGUCGGGAAGAGAAUAUUUCUUCACCAGCAGAGAAGUCUUCGACAACAUGGUUUAUAACAACAGGUUUCUGGAGUACGGCGAGUACAAAGGGAAUCUGUACGGCACCAGCAUCGAGUCUGUGAGGGAUGUUUUAAACCGGGGAAAGAUCUGCGUCAUCGACAUUGAGCCCAACGCCAUUCAGGCAGUGAGGACCCACGAACUGAAGGCCUACAUCAUCUAUGUGAAGCCUCCGCCUCUGGAGCACCUCAGGGAGACCAGACAGGAUUCGUGCAUCACCACCAACUACUAUGUCAACAGACCCUUCAAAGGCGACGACUUCCAGGAGAUGGAAGAGGCCGCCCGCAAGAUGGAGUCGCACUUCUCUCAGUUCUUCGACCAUGUGAUCGUGAACGACGGGCUGCAGGACUCCUGCGCCCAGCUGCUGACCGCGGCGAGGAAGGCUCAGGACGAGCCGCAGUGGGUCCCCGCCAGCUGGAUACGGCCCACCACCGACUCCUGA